AUGCCUGUUUUCCAAUCGAAGCCCUUCCGUGGCAGCGGCAGCACGGCAGCAAGAGACCUCCCCUCACGGAUCGCGGCAUGGUACAAUCGCAAGCAGGAACGCAAUCCCUUCCUGUACUUCGGCCUGCCGUUCAUCUCGCUCGUCGUCGCAGCCUCGUUCCUCCUCACGCCGGCCACGGCCCUGCGUUAUGAGAAGCACGACCGUAAGAACAGACGGGUCUCGGACAACGAGAGGAUGGAGCUGGGCUUAAAGGGCGGACCGGCAGGUGAGGGCGGACUUACAUACAAUCCGCGGCGACGGAAGAUUCUCAAGGGAGAACUCAAUGAGCGCGACGAAUACUACAGGCUCAUGGCCAAAGAUCUGGACAACUGGGAGCAGAAACGCGUGGAACGCUGGAAGGAUGAACCGGACGGGAGACUGCGAUAG